AUGACGUCUAGGAAGCUCGUUUUAUUGAAGUUGAUGGGUUCUCAGAAAAGCCAUCCAAUUGAUAUCCUGAAAGAAGAUGAAGCAUGUAAGCUGUUUAAGAACGUGACUGCUCCUAUUGCUGAAAGAGCUGAGUUCCAAUAUACAGCAAAUAAAGUUGCCCAAAAAUGUGAAGGAUUUCCGAUCGCUAUUGCAGCAGUUGCAAAGGCUUUGAAAUAUAAGGAGAAUCUGUGUGAAUGGGAGGAUGCUCUGGAGCAGCUAAAGCCCUCUGAAAUAAACUUCAGGGGUAUCUCAGGUGCUGUGUAUUCAGCUAUUGAGAUGAGCUACAAAUACUUGGAAAGGGAAGAACUUAAAAUUCACUUUCUUGCUCUGCUAGGCUUGGGUUUAUUUCGUGACCUUGACACAAUAGAGAAGGUACUGAACAGAGUAUUGACAUUGGCUAGUGAACUCAAAGACUCUUCUCUGUUAUUUGCUAAUUCUACCCCUGAAUGCUGUGAUAUGGAUGAUGUUGUCUGCGAUGUUGCCAUUUGA